UCUGUAAUGAUAACCCCGCCAGCGUUCCUACCUUCAAGAUGUUGUGAACCUGUGAAUUUGAUAGUUCAGUGUAUUUUUGCUGCGACUGGAUCAUACACCGAGUGCCUGAAUGUAUCACAGGGAGGAGUGACAUUAACAUACAUUAGAGAAAGAACACACACUGAAAGAUGUCUGGGACUCCGACCACAUCUGCGAACCCGCAGUCCGCAAAAAUGAAAAAGGACGAGUCUUUUCUAGGGAAAUUAGGAGGAACCCUGGUGCGGAAGAAGAGGUCUAAAGAAGUGAGUGAUCUCCAUGAGGAGGGGAAGAAUGCCAUUAAAGCUCCCAUGCUUCCCACAGGGACAGACAUCCAUCCAGAGGACACACUGCUGGAGGAAAACGCUGAGCGGAUCAUGUUGGACCCAACAUCGCGGGAAAAUCUUAAAUUUAAAGAUCUUCUGAAGGUCCUGAUUGACUGGAUCAACUGUGAGUUGGAGGAAGAGAGGAUCAUAGUCAAAGACCUGGAGGAGGAUUGUUAUGAUGGACAAGUGCUCCAGAAGUUAUUUGAAAAGUUGUCAGGCAGGAAGCUGAAUGUGGCUGAGGUGACCCAGUCAGAGAUCGGCCAAAAGCAGAAGCUUCAGACGGUUUUGGAGGCCGUCAACGAACUGCUGCGGCCUCACGGCUGGACUAUUGAGUGGAGUGUUGACUCUAUCCAUUCAAAGAACCUGGUGGCUAUUGUCUAUCUGCUGGUGGCCCUUGCUAUGCACUUCCAGGCCCCCAUCAGACUGCCUGAGCAUGUUUCUGUUCAAGUGGUGGUCGUCAAGAAACGAGAGGGCAUCCUGCACACUGCUCUUGUGACCAAAGAGCUGACGAGCACCACAGAAAUGAUGAUGGGAAGGUUUGAGAGGGAUGCAUUUGACACUUUGUUGGAUCACGCACCUGACAAGCUCAAUGUAGUAAAAACGUCUCUCAUCACGUUCGUGAACAAACACCUGAACAAGCUGAACCUGGAAGUUACUGAGCUGGAAUCUCAGUUCGCAGAUGGCGUGUACCUGGUUUUGCUGAUGGGCCUGCUAGAAGACUACUUUGUCCCUCUGUACAACUUCUUCCUCACCCCUGAGAGCUUCGAACAGAAGGUCCACAAUGUGGCAUUUGCGUUUGAGCUGAUGCAGGAUGGAGGCCUAAAGAAACCCAAAGCCAGACCAGAAGAUGUUGUCAACCUGAACCUAAAGUCCACCCUUAGAGUCCUCUACAACCUGUUCACCAACUACAAAAACUCUGAGUGAAUUUUUCCAGUUUUACCCCCUGAUAUUACUCUGAACAUGGCCCCGUGCCUGCGCUGAUAUUAUGCAUUACAGUCUGACCACUGGAGGAGACCAACCGAGACUGAAAGUCAUCAUUAUGUGGGACUUAAAAAGAUCCAUGGGGAGUAGCCUGAAAAAGUCUCUGAAUGUUAGUAUUUAAUCUUCCCCCAAAUGUCAGUAUUUAUUUAUUCUUUCCUCAAAUGUUAACUGCAACCCAGGAAACUCUGCAACCUUUAGCUUGCACUUGAAUACACAGUCGUCACGGGAAAAGUUAAUGAGGGCAAAAUGUUAAAACUGGAAAACAUUUGUGUGUCAAACUCGACUCUCUAUCACAGAAUAUUUAAGAAAGUUGAAAAUGCUGUUAUACAUUAUAUAGUAAAUGAAAUUGCUUUGUUUAAGUAUUCAAAGACUGGUUCAGUAUUUUGGGAAAUACACUUAGUCACUUUCCUGUCAAGAGUUCGAUGACAAGAUUGACAACCACUCUCAUUUUUUGUAUGCUAAAUAUUAAGCUAACGUUAGAGACAGCAGCCCUUUAGCUUGGCAUGAUGACUGGAAACUGCUAUUCUGGCUCUGUUCAAAGUUAACAGUUGAGAAAACAUUUUUUAAAGUUAAACAAACUGUGCACCAGAUAGAUUGUGGCACCUAUAUUUUAUCCAAAAAUACAUAAAUAAUGCCAUUGAACCUUUUAUACAGUGUAGUGAAUCUAUAUAAUAUUUAAAAGAUGAGGUAAAUGCACAUCUUACCCUUUCUACCAACAAAUGUGUUAUUUUAGUGUGUUCAUUUUAACUACAUUGUUUAAAAAAUGUAAUUUAUUUUAAUAAUUAGUGUCCAUAACAUAUAGAAAUAUGUGUCUGCUAAACUACCACCAUUAGCAAGUGUUUAGCUGAGCAUUUGUGCUCCAUCACGAAUGGAUUUAGCUGCUGCUUCAUGUAGUUAUGUAGCAAAACAAACUAAAUUACCAAGGUGUCCAUCAAAAUAGCUUUGUUUUAUUUACAGAUAACACCUUGGGAAAACACCUUUAAGUAAAUUUGUUGAAUAAGUUUUAGCUAUCUCACCAGAUAGCUUUCAGAUAUCUUUCUAGUUGCCCUCUAGUGUCUCCUGACACAGCCAGCUAGAGGACAGUUUGGUUUUUAAAUCCGUUUGGGAUGUGGGGAAUAAAAAGUUGUUUUCACAGAAAUCAUACAUUUCUAUGGCAUUGUAUUUUUAUGUAGUAAAAAAAAAAAAACAUGUCAAAAGAUCCGUUCUUAACCCAGUUUUGACCAAAUACACUGUAGUUCCUGUAUUUUGAUUUUGCAGUGCAGAGCUGUUUCCUCCUGCUUCCGACUUAAUGCUAAGCUAUGCUAACUGGCGACGUGCUGUAGCUUCAUAUUUAAUGAACAGAUAGAUGGGUUGUAUCUGUCUUCUCAUCUAAAUCUUGACAUUGAUUAAGAUAUGCAUUGUUUUUUUUCCCAAAAUCGUUGAACUAUUCCUUUAUGAAACUUGAAAAUGCUAUGUAUUAUAUAUUAUAUAAUAUAUGAAAAUGCUGUGUAUAUUCUUUCUACACACACACACACACACACACACACACACACACACACACACUGUAAUCAGUCGCUUUUACUUGACAGCUGAAGGAACUGUGAACAGUUUUUGUUUCCUCUAAACUAUGCUCACCACAAAGUCAAACCAUAUUGUGCUUCCAUACUGUUGCUUCCUGCCUUAAGUGCAGCAGCGUGCUUUGCUAUCCCUGGAGAGCCCCAGCUGAGUAUCUUCAUAUGGACCUGCCCUAUUGGCAAGUCUCAGAGGAGGCCCAGACCUCUCACUGGACCUCUCCUGGGGGGCCAGACCUGCUAAGAUGUACAGUGCCUGACUACUCUCAUUUUGGAGCCAGGCUGAAUUAUUAAGAGAUUUGAUGAGUCAAUCUAAACUGCGCUUGUGUUUUUUUUAUCUUCCCUAUCCCUAAAUAAAUGCCUUGGAAUCAAA